CAAGAAGAAUGUUUUUCUUUUCCUUUUUAAAUUUUCUCGGGCGUUGGCUGCAAAUCUUUAAAAAGAUUUACUAUUUAUUUAAAUUCGGUUCUUAAAUUGUUGUUUAUUUUUUACCUACCUGUCGAUUUGUUAAUCUAACCAAUAUGCCGAAAAAUAAGGGAAAGGGAGGUAAAAAUCGUCGUCGUGGAAAGAACGAAAAUGAGACCGAAAAACGUGAACUAGUAUUUAAAGAAGAUGGACAAGAAUAUGCUCAAGUAGUUAAAAUGCUUGGUAAUGGUAGACUGGAGGCAUUUUGUUUCGAUGGUGUUAAACGACUUUGUCACAUUCGCGGUAAACUGAGGAAAAAAGUUUGGAUCAACCAGGGAGAUAUCAUUUUAGUUGGAUUACGAGAUUAUCAAGAUUCUAAAGCAGAUGUUAUAUUGAAAUAUAAUCACGACGAGGCUCGUAAUCUUAAAGCAUACGGUGAACUUCCUGAAAAUGCUAAAAUCAAUGAAAAUGUAUAUGGUGAAGAGGAGGAAGAUGAUAAUAUUGAAUUCGGUGAUGUCACAGAUGAUGGUAGCAGUGCAAGUGACGCUGAAGAAGCAGCAAUAGAAGCUAUAUGAUUUAAGGUUCUGCGCUAGUUUCAUCAAUUAUAAUAAAGAAAAAGAAAUUUUAAUAUUUCUCUUUUUUAUACAAAAACAAAACGAUCACUAAUACACACACACCAUUCAAGUAUUUGAGAAAAGAAAAAAAAAGUUUAUACUCUUCCUGGUUCCUUUUUCUGGUAAAGAGAAAAAAAAACAAGUUUCCCACUUCUA